AGGCUCCGCACCCCAUGUAAGCACACUGUUCCUGUUUGGCUUCGUUUCUGUAUGGCAGAAAGAGAACUCUGUGCCAGUAUCCUGAAGCUGCAAGAGAUGCAGAGAAGCAUGAGAGGGCCAAAACAGUGCUAUGUGCGAUAGUCAGCCAGAAAGCAAGCCCACAGAGUGUACCUAGCUGUCAUCAUGAAUUUUGACAGCUUAGAUCCUGCUUUGGCGGAGUAUGCCCCAAGCCUGCAUCCUCCUUUGGAUCCAGUCCUUGAUGCCCACUUGAACUCCAGCCUCUUGCAGACAGUGGAACUGGAUCAUGAAGUACUGGAAGGGCUCCCUGUAGCGGAUCCUGUGAGCAUGAUGGAAGGAAUGUACUCUGAGUUGCAAACUGCUGUGUCUGAGGUUGGAGUACCAGUUUCUGCUGUACACUUUGAUCUUCAUGAAGAGAUGUUAUGGGUUGGCAAUCAUGGGGGCCACGCCACUUCUUUCUUCGGCCAUGAUCUUGAGCGAUAUUCCUCUUUCCAAAUACACAGCAAUAAUGAUAUCCGGCAGAUUCAGAGUUUGGAGAAUGGGGUGAUGUUCCUCACAAAGAAUAAUCUGAAAUGCAUAACCCGUGGGGGGCUUAUUAUCUUUGACUAUCUGAUGGAUGAAAACAUUGACAAUCACAGUCUCCUGCUGACAGACAACAGCACUUUGCUUUUGGGAGGGAUGCAGAACCAUUUAAUUCAGAUGGACCUAAACACUGUACAAGAGACACAAAAGUACACCGUUGAGGUCCCUGGGGUUACCAUCAUGAGACAGUCCAAUCGUUUCUUUUUCUGUGGACACACAUCCGGAAAGUUAUCCCUCCGAGAUCUGCGUACCUUUAAAACCGAGCAUGAAUUUGAUGCCUACUCAGGCAGCUUGUCUGAUUUUGAUGUUCACGGAAACCUUAUAGUUACAUGUGGCUUUUCUAGUCGCAUGAAUGUCCUAGCUUGCGAUCGUUUCCUGAAAGUGUAUGACCUGCGAAUGAUGCGAGCCAUCACACCUUUACAAGUUCACGUGGAUCCCCUUUUCCUGCGCUUUAUCCCAACUUAUACUUCACGCCUAGCUAUCAUUUCUCAGCGCGGUCAGUGCCAGUUCUGCGAACCCUCUGGCCUUGCCAGCCCUGCAGACAUAUUUCAUGUUAGCACCGUGAGCCAAGCUAUUAUGUCCUUUGAUGUGUCAUCUAGCAAGCAAGUGCUGGCUUUCGGGGACUCUGGUGGUUGCACCCACCUUUGGGCAGAGACUCCUAAUGCAACGUUUAACACUUACUCUCGUGACACAGAAUUUGCACUGCCGUGCAUGGUGGACAACUUGCCGCACCUGGAUUGGAUUCAGGAUCUUAUGCCACUCUCACUUAUUCCUAUGCCUCUGACCAAUGAGACACUCUUAUCAGAUUGGCCAGCCAUUAACUCCACACCUGCUCCUCGGUAGCCUACUCACACUGUUAUCUGUUCUGUUACUCUGUUUCACAUCAAAAAUGUCUCUACCUUAUAACACUCUUUGUUAAAGGGAAACUGGCUUGAAACUGAACAUUUAAAGGAACAGUUCAGUGUAAAAAUAAAAACUGGGUAAAAAAAA